AUGUCUGAACAACAAACUCCCAUCCUGGACCAUAUCGUCCUGCUCGUUUCUCACAAAACACUCCUCGGAAUCUCCGAGCAUAUUGAGGGCCAAUUCACCCUAGCACCAGGUGGAACCCACGCCGAUGGACUCACCACGAACAAACUGAUUCUCCUCCCGGAUGGCGUCUACCUUGAAAUAAUUGCCUUCUUCGACGAUAUCGACCCUGAAAAACGCCGCAAUCAUCGCUGGGGAAACGAGAAAGAAGACACCAUCGUCGACUGGGCAUUCACUUUGCGAUCGGAAACCGACUUUAGCGCCGUUCAACAGCGAUUCCAGGGCGCUGAUACCAAUGCUUCCUAUACAGACCCUAUCGCCGGCGGUCGGACUAAGCCAGACGGCACAGUGUUGAAAUGGGCAGUUGCUGUCCCUAAAGAUGGUCAAGGAAAGGUGGUUCCCGGAUCUCUGCCCUUCUGGUGUCUGGACAGAACACCCCGUGCAAAUCGAGUCCCUUAUGAGGUUGAGCCAAAUCUCGCUCAACAUCCGAAUGGCGUGCAGGGCGUUUCUUCUGUGUCGGUGCAAGUCCCUGAGGGAGAGAUUUCGAAUUUCAAGGGUGCAUAUGAUGCGAUAUUUGGCGGGCCCUGGAAUUAUGAAGUUCCUUCUGGCUCGACGGCUGGCAAGCAUGGGAUUUCUCUGUCUGGGGGAAAUGCGUCUAUUCGCCUGGUGUUUAAUGGGUUGAAGGAAGGAAAGGUUGAGCUUCUACCUGGACUCUUCUUUGACAUUGAGAAAUUGGACUCACUAUAA